UGGGUGAAAGACAGCAGCCUCUAGGCACAACCAGUCAAGAUGCGCCCCGCUGCCCUGGCCGCCUUCCUGUUCCUGAGCUUGGCUCUUUGUCGGUCCUUGCCCCUACCCAGUGGUGACGAUGAUGAGGACCUAUCCGAAGAAGACCUGCAGUUUGCAGAGCGCUACCUGAAAUCAUACUACCAUCCCACAAACCUUGCGGGCAUCCUGAAGAAGAACGCAGCCAGUUCCAUGCUUGACAGGCUCCGAGAAAUGCAGUCUUUCUUUGGCUUAGAAGUGACAGGCAAGCUUGAUGAUAACACCUUAGAUAUCAUGAAAAAACCAAGAUGCGGUGUCCCGGAUGUGGGCGAAUACAACGUGUUCCCUCGAACUCUCAAGUGGUCCAAAAUGAACUUAACUUACAGAAUUGUGAAUUACACACCUGAUAUGACUCAUUCUGAAGUGGAAAAAGCAUUCAGAAAAGCUUUCAAAGUUUGGUCCAGUGUGACACCUUUGAAUUUUACCAGACUUCAUGAAGGCACUGCGGAUAUCAUGAUCUCUUUUGGAACUAAAGAGCACGGUGACUUCUACCCGUUUGAUGGACCCUCUGGUCUGCUGGCCCAUGCUUUUCCUCCCGGACCAAAUUACGGAGGAGACGCACAUUUUGAUGAUGAUGAAUACUGGACAAAUAGUUCCAAAGGCUACAACUUGUUUCUUGUUGCUGCCCACGAGCUGGGCCACUCCUUAGGUCUUGAUCACUCUAAGGACCCCGGAGCGCUCAUGUUUCCCAUCUACACCUACACUGGCAAUGGCCACUUUAUGCUUCCUGACGACGAUGUGCAAGGGAUUCAGUCUCUCUAUGGGCCAGGAGAUGAAGACCCCAACCCGAAACAUCCCAAAACACCAGACAAAUGUGACCCCGCCUUGUCCCUUGAUGCGAUUACCAGUCUCCGAGGAGAAACAAUGAUCUUUAAAGACAGAUUCUUCUGGCGUCUGCACCCUCAGCAGGUUGAUGCUGAGCUGUUUUUGACAAAAUCAUUUUGGCCGGAACUUCCGAACCGCGUUGACGCUGCAUAUGAGCACCCUUCUCACGACCGAAUCUUCAUCUUUAGAGGAAGAAAAUUUUGGGCUCUUAACGGUUAUGACAUUGUGGAAGGCUAUCCCAAAAAAUUAUCUGAACUGGGAUUUCCAAAAGAGAUUAAAAAAAUAAGUGCUGCCGUUCACUUUGAGGACAGAGGCAAGACCCUCUUCUUCUCAGGAAACCAGGUCUGGAGAUAUGAUGAUACUAAUCAUGUUAUGGAUAAAGACUACCCUAGACUGAUAGAAGAGGUCUUCCCAGGAAUUGGUGAUAAAGUGGAUGCCGUCUAUGAGAAAAAUGGUUACAUCUAUUUUUUCAAUGGACCUAUACAGUUUGAAUACAGCAUCUGGAGCAACCGUAUCGUUCGAGUCAUGCCAACAAAUUCUCUGCUGUGGUGUUAAAUGUCUUUAAAAACUGUUAUUUAAGCUGGAGAGCAUUUGGGCUAAUACUUCCAGAAGCACGGGGGCAGGGGUGGGAGAAGGCAUCGGGGAGAGCUUAGUUCUGUGAACAAGCUUCAGUAAGUUAUCUUUGAAUCUGCAGUAUCUAUAUGACUCCGCGUGGCUGGAACCACACUGAAGAGUUUCAACAUAAUGAAGUUGAGUACCUCUAAGAAUCAUCUGAUUCUGGUAUGCUAUGUGAAAGCAGUAGCUGAUGCUAUAUCCCACAGCAAAAUGGGAUAGAAAGUCAGUCAAUGAGAGCAUGGUUUUUAAAUGUAUUUAUAAGAAAACUUAUGAAGGCCUAAAGGUAAAUUACAAUUAUAUAAUUAUAAAUCAUCAUUAAAAUAUGAAAUAGUAUAAAUAGAAAUUUAGGGAUGUAUGUGGUAGCCAUACAUGAACAUCGAUACAGGGAAAUGUCUGUGAUAAAUUUGUAGACAACUUUUGAAAAGACAGUUUAGGUGUUUGCACUGAAAAGAUUCAGUUGUCCAUGCCCCUCUUCACACAGACACUAAGAAAACAUCGCAAGUCCUUAAAGAAAGGAGAUAAAGACUAAUAUGAGGAUAGUAGAUGUGGCCUUGGAUUCUGUUUAAUUUUUACUUUUGCUAAUGACUCAAGGGCAGCUUUCAAUAAGAUAGAUAUUCUCUUGCAUAUUGAUAAACAAUGAAGAAAGAAACUCUCUCUUUUUAUUAAAAUAUUCCAGAUCUUUGAAGUCAUACUCUAAACAUUCAAAUCAUUAACAAAAUAAUUUAGAUGAUAUCAUUUUUUCAUAAUCAUUUGAUUAUUUAACACUAAAAGUGUUGUUUUAACCCUAAUUAUUUUCAUUAUCCAGUGUACCAUGGAUAUAUAGACUAUUUUCUAAAAACUUAUAUAGAAGAAAAUGAAGUACAUCUUAUGAA